UUAAAAAACAUGGUGGUCCGUACAGGAGUCACCCUACUUCGCUCCACGUCACCGUCAUCUCCGUUGCCGUUAACUGCUUUCCGGCGGUUCCAACAAAUCCGGCCUUAUCCGUACUUACAGUUUUCUCGUUUUUCAAUUUGUAGACCGUUAGUUUUUAGUCAUUUUCACCAUAACGUAAUACGAUAUGGAAAUCGAAGCUAUUCUGUACAAAGCUUCGUCGAUUCUGUGCUCGAAGAGUUCGAAGGGUUACGCAGAAGGAAGAUUCGUGCCGGUAAUAAAUCAUUAUUGACAAACAGUAAGGCGGUUGUUGAUAACAAUCUACAGAAGCAAGUAUUGCAGAAAGGAUUGCUUUUGGAGUUUAAGAAAGAUUCUGAAAGGAUUUUGCUCGCUGUUGCUCAGAAACCUGAUGGAAGGAGGAAUUGGAUAGUUUCUGAUCAGAAUGGUGUUACAACUUCCAUUAAACCACAGCAAAUCACUUAUAUAGUUCCAGGGCUUAUUAAUUUAAAUACCACGCAGAUAUCAGAUUUCAAUCAGAAAGCUCAGGAUAACUUGGAUCCCACACUCCUUGAAUUUGCUUGGAUUGAGCUUCUUGAUAGUAACAAAUCAGUAACAGCUGCAGAAUUGGCUGAGAUGAUCUUUGGCAGUGCUGAACCUCUUGAGAGCUACUGUGCGCAUCUCUUACUAUCAAGAGAUGAAGUUUACUUCACUGUGCUUGACAGCAAAGGCUCUUGUGCUGUCUAUGGUCCUCGGACAACUGUUCAGGUAGAAGAAAUGAAGCGUAAACUGCUUGCUAAGGAGGCGGCCGAGAAAGAGUUUCAAGAGUUCUUACAGUUGCUGAAAUCUGCAAAAUCAAUGCCACCACGUGAUAAACCUUGUAAAGGGUCUUGGCAAGCUGACGAGAAAAACUGGCACAAAAUUGAGUCUCUUGAGGCAUUUGCUAUAGAUGCUUGUAAAGAUGAUGGGCAAAAGAAUACUGCAGGAGCGAUCCUAAAGGCGAUGGGCUUAGCUAAGACGUCUACUUCAGCAGUAAAUCUCCUCAUAGAUAUCGGAUAUUUCCCUGUACAUGUCAAUCUUGAUCUUCUGAAGCUCAACGUACGUACCAGUUAUCCAGAUCAUAUCUUGUCAGCAGCUGACAGACUGCUGCAAGAAUCACUGGAUGCAGACAAGGACAAUAGGAUAGAUCUGACACAUCUGAAGGUAUAUGCAAUUGACGUGGAUGAAGCAGAUGAGCUUGAUGAUGCAUUGAGUGCAACAAAGUUGCAGGAUGGUCGUAUUAAAGUUUGGAUACAUGUCGCUGAUCCAGCUAGCUUUGUUGAGCCAGGGAGCUUGAUUGACAGAGAAGCAUUACGAAGAGGAACAUCUGUUUUCUUACCAACUGCCACCUAUCCAAUGUUUCCUGAAAAACUUGCCAUGGAGGGAAUGAGCUUGCAGCAAGGAACAAAUUGCAGGGCAGUUACAGUGUCAGUUGUACUGCGUUCUGAUGGAAGUAUUGCAGAAUAUGCAGUGAAUAAUUCAAUUAUUAGGCCAACCUAUAUGUUAACAUAUGAGAGUGCAUCCGAGCUUCUUCAUAUGAAUUUAGAAGAAGAGGUGGAAUUGAGAAUUCUUGCAGAGGCAGCAAGUCUUCGGCUUCAGUGGCGGCGUGGACAGGGUGCGAUUGAGACAGGGUCAUUGGAACCUAGAAUAAAGGUGGAAAAUCCAGAUGAUCCAGAACCAUCAAUUAGGUUGUAUGUUGAUGACCAGACGGAUCCUGCUAUGCGACUUGUUUCUGAGAUGAUGAUACUUUGCGGGGAAGCUCUAGCCACAUUUGGUUCUUCUAAUAAGAUUCCAUUACCAUACAGAGGACAGCCCCAGUCGAAAAUUGAUACGUCUGCAUAUGAUCAUCUUCCAGAAGGCCCAGUUCGCAGCUCCGCAAUUGUCAAACUUAUGCGUGCUGCUGAAAUGGAUUAUAGAAAAGCUAUACGGCAUGGUAUUCUCGGAAUUCCUGGUUAUGUACAGUUUACAUCUCCCAUUCGCAGAUAUAUGGACCUCCUUGCUCAUUACCAGGUGAAAGCUUUUCUUAGAGGUGAUGCUCUUCCAUUUACAUCUGGGCAACUGGAAGGGAUGGCUGCAUCUGUGAACAUGAACACUAGAAUAGCAAAGAAACUAUUUAGUAGCAGUCUACGAUAUUGGAUACUAGAGUACUUGAGAAGGCAACCCAAACAAAGAAAAUUUCGUGCAUUGAUCCUUAAAUUCCUUAAAGAUCGCAAUGCGUCUUUACUACUUCUGGAGGUUGGAUUUCAAGCAUCUGCGUGGGUGGGGAUAGGGUCACAUGUUGGUGAUGAAGUGGAGGUUCGGGUUGAAGAAGCUCACCCGCGUGAUGACACCAUAUCAUUCAAAGAAGUAAUACGAGUGACAUGAAUAUCUCCAGGAUCUUAUUGCAAUAUUGCUUAGGCAUCUACACUAUAUAUGACGCAGUAGUAAACAACCUAGUUCAGUUGUUUUUGCAGUUUUGACCCUAAACAGUUAGGAUGGGGUUCAGAUGGGCUAUUAUGUGAACCAAACAGGUACCAAGUCAGAUGCUAAAGACCACACGCAGAAGCCCAAAUUUUUACACUAGCAUAUGUUAGAAAGUCGGUGUCCAAGGUAUAGAAGGUACAUCUCUUGCACAUCGCCAAACAUAGAUUUGUAUUAGCAUAUACUAGAAUUAGGUUCCCAUCAUACAUAAUUUCUUUGUACGCUGAUACAGUGCCACCCAUAUCGAUUAGGAUGGAAUGCUUUCAUCUCUUUCGAAAGCAUUAUUUCAUUGGUC